UGGAAUUAGAUCUUUUAAUAGCCUUUUUUAUUGUAUUCAUAAUGGAGUAAUAAUGACAGAGACACCCUGUUUGACACUGGGUAUAUGAUUAAUAAUGACUUAGACUUCCUGAUACAAAGAUUGUUAAGCAACGAUGGAUUUUAGCAAACAAAUACGGGUUUUACUUCUUCUUUGUACUCCUGCUUUAGAUAACCAUGUUACAAAACUCAUAGCUACAGGGGAGUUUGUGCGUUUGCGAAACCUGACAGAAUACGAAUAUGAAGGCGUUAUUCUCUUGAACGCCAACGAAACAUGGGGUAGUGUUCACCAGCACGGCAUACAACCGCCCACUGGCGACAUCAUCUGCAGAACACUCGGAUAUGGAGAUCAUGGUUUUUCAGUCAACCAAUUCUACGGCAACGAUUACAUGCAUCUAGAAGUUGCCAGCUCUAUAGGAUGUUUUGGUAAUGAAACAAAUAUAACAGAAUGUGACAUUGACUGGAUUGAACCAUUUCGCGGAUGGUAUUAUCUACCGGGUGUUCAUUGUUUUGAGCAUGUUUUCACAGAUAUGCAAUUAGUUGGAGGAGUGACAAAUAGCUCGGGUGCUCUUCAGGUGAAGAUGGACAACAGAUGGGGCAAUGUCUGCCAACUACAUCGGUUUAGUUUCACAUACUUUGACGUUAUUUGCAGAUCUUUGGGCUUCAUGGCAGCUGAUUUGGCAGCAAGCCCCGGUACAUACUUUUAUCAGAACGAACUCGCAACGAAUUUGGUUUGGUUGGAUUUAAGCGAGAGCGAUUGCUUUGGAAAUGAAACACAUCUUAGUCAAUGCUCCUCGUCUGACGUCAUAAAUGACCAAUUUGGAUGCCGCUGGGGGAAUGUAAAGGUUACCUGCAAGACUUCGGUCGAAUUAUCAGAGCUGUGCUUUAACAAUGACCACUGCACCGGUAUAAAACAUGCACAAUGCCUGGGCAGUUGCCGUUGCAGCGCUGGAUAUCAAGAGGAAAAUGGAACAUGUUCAGGUUGUCCGUUCGGUACAUACGGCUUUGCUUGUGCAAAAAACUGCACUUGUGAUGAAACAAACACAGAAGUGUGCGAUGCCGUCACUGGUCAAUGCACGUGCAAGAAUGGUUGGACCGGAGUCAUUUGUAAUAUCGACAUCAACGAGUGCGGGUCUGUUAAUGCAUGUCCCAACAAUUCAGUUUGCAACAAUCAGCCAGGAGGGUUUAAUUGUUCCUGUACAGAAGGAUUUCUUGCAUUAGUUAGUGACUAUAAUGAGAGUCCAUUGGAAUGUAAAGAGUGUACCGGCAACACGUUUGGAUAUAAUUGCUCUUCGACAUGCGAUUGCAGCGAGUAUUUUGUGAUUGACCAGGCCAAGAUGUGUAAUCACAUAACUGGAAUUUGCCAGUGUUUAACUGGCUGGCAGGGCUUGCAGUGCACAGAUGAUGUCAACGAAUGCAGUGCGACAAGAUGCAUUGGGGCGAAUGAAAAAUGUGUUAACUUGCCGGGAACAUACGAAUGCGAGUGCCAGGAUGGACACAUUAACUACCUUGAUGGAAGUUGUGUCAGAGAAUGUCAACAAGACAAACAUGGCGAAAUAUGCAAUCUGACCUGCCACUGUACUGGCGAACAUGCACGUAAUGAAAGUGAGCGGGUGUGCGAUAUAAAGACUGGCUCAUGCUUUUGUGAGCCAGGGUGGGCUGGCUAUGAAUGUACUGAAGAUGUCAAUGAGUGCCUUAAUGAAACCAUCUGUAUAAGUGCGAACACUGAUUGCCGAAACACAGACGGAGAUUACGUUUGUGAAUGCAUUGAAGGCUACGUGAGAGAUGGUGAAACUUGCAUCAGCCUUGCGGCAACGGGAACUUCUGGUGAGUCCAAUAUUGUGUGGAUCGCCAUAGGAAGUGCAGGCGGAAUUGUGGGAAUUGCUGUUUUCGUCUUCGUUGUUUGGCUUUGUGUUAAAAGGAAAACAAAUGGAAAAGAUUCGAAUGGCCGUCACGAUAAACCUAGCACUAAAAGAAGUUCUGUUCAGCUUCGAUCUUCCGUUCCAAAGAGUGAAGAUUAUUUUACCAUUAAUGACAAUGACCGUGAUAGAGGAUAUACGGAUCUCCAAAGUAAGAGAGAUGAAAACAGAUAUAAUCGACUUGAUUUAGACAAACCUAUCAAUGAAAGUGGUCACUAUGACUACAUAUCCGAUAAAAAGCCUGACCACCCUCAAUCUCUUACUAUGCGCAAAGAUGAAAAAGGAUAUAUCGAGUUUCAGUACAGACCCGGUGGGGAGUAUUUGCAACUACAGAGAGAAGCAAAAAGGAAUAACGACUAUUUGAAGGUGCAUGGCAGUAACAAAGGAAGCAAUGUCGACCACCCGUACCUUACGCCUAAGCAUGGCCAGCCCGACGAGGGAUAUUUAAGGCCAAUUUCAAAUAAUCGACAACAAAAUACGCGUAAACGGAUUGAUGAACAAGAUGGUUAUUUACGACCGGUUUCAAAUAGGCGAAAUACCACAAACCUACAGGAAGAACCUGUUGGGGAUGGCUAUCUUAAAGCAAACCGUCGCCAGGAACGUUGAAAUAAAUAAGAAAAAAAACAUAACAAGUACCAUCGAUUCAGAGCAAUUUGAACUCUAUUUGAAACAUACAAAUCAAUUAAGUUUUCGUUAUUACCAAAGACGAGCGUUCCUUGAUAUUAUGAACGUUUAUCCUGCUGUAUAAGAAAAAUUAAAAUAACAUGUACAUGGUCUUCGGCAACAUUUGUUCGCUAUGCCGAAAUGUGCCUAAAGUAAAGCAUAUUUACAAUCGAAAGAAACUAAUACACUUAGCUUAGUUGUGACAUGUUUUUCUUCUUUUUAAAAGGUUAAAUACUAACAUUAAUUGAAUUGCGUAUCUAUUACCUAUUAACUAACCCUAACAGUGUAACUGAAAUGUAUAUAUUGCACUUGAGCAAAUUGAAAAUAGGCGGACUUCUUUAAUAACGUUUAUAAAAAUUGACGUUUUUUCAUAAUUUUCCACCAAGAUAACUACUGAAGUAUUCCUUUUAAGAAAAUUAAAGGAAAACGAAACAUGCAUCAAAUACAUUAUAGUUUGAUGAUUGUUAAAGUAGUAUUUUGAAAUGCUUUGAAGGAGCACAAUUGCAUGGUGCAAAUUGGAAUGGGAAAGGUUUCAUGAUUGGUCAUACUAUGAACGUUUGUCACUGUAUAUAUCUUUAUGUUUAAGAAGUAUUUUGUCAAAAUAAUCAGA